AAAAGAAUUAAUUACUCACAUCUUAUGACUUUUAACUAUUACGGUCAUAAUGGACCAGUCGGUAUAAAGAGAAUAUUCGAACGUCUUCCAUCCGGAAACGGAGAGAAUCCGGUAUACAAAUACACACUUCAUUGAUCAGAAUGCAGUAAUAUUUGGAUAUCUUACCAACCUGGUAAUGGAUAACUAUAUUUUCGUGCAAGUUGCUGUAUUUUUUGUGGUUGCAGGUCAGCUAGAAGUACAUAGUUUUGGAACAGCGUAUCAAGAAAAUGGCGAGCAUCUUAUGACACAAAAACAAUAUUUGCCUUAUGAUGUGAGUGAGUUUCCGUUACAAAACUGGGCAGAAAGUACGAGUCGACAAAGAUUAACACCUAAAGAUUCAAGAGAUAGACGAUUAAAACAACAAACUAAGUCGAGGUUUACAUUAUUAGGAUAUGUACCGCUGUCUUUUUCAGAUAAUCCACAAGAAGAACCACGACAACAACAUAAAGUAAAACGAUCUACUGACGGUCUAUUAAAAGCAAAGACAAUCGUAACAGGGUCUUUGAACACGGGUAAUUUAAAUGCAGUUUCCAUAACAGCAGAUCGCAUUGUAGGUGAUACUGUGAUAACAAAAAGUAUCGAUGUGAGAUCCAAAAAAAACAACAGACUUGUUGAAAGAAGGUCGUUUGAAGGUGCACAAGGUAACCACAAGACAAGAACACGACCAACAUCUUCAAUGAGAUCUUCUUAUAAAGCAUCAGAGUUAAGGGACAACAUCGGACUAGAUCACAAUCAAGUUGACAACAGUAACCUUCAAUUGCCGUCAAAUGAUAAAAUGGAAUCAUUGAUAUUGCAACCUUUACCACCAAAACGAAAUUCAAGGAGAAGAUACCAGCCAAACUUUUCCACUAGAUCUAGGAAUAAAGGAGAAAGAAGAAGACGACCUUAUCGGACACACACAGAGUCGAUUGGCAAAGAUGGAACAGAUCAAAAUAACCGUGCCGGCAGUAACUUUCAAUUGAUGUCAAAUGAUAAAUUGACAUCAUUAAUAUUGCAACCCUUACCACCAAAACGAGGUUCAAGGAAAAGGGACAGGCCAACCUUUUCCACUAAAUCUAGGACUAAAGGAAAAAGGAGAAGACGACUUCCUCAGGCACCCUCAGAGAUGAUUGGCAACGAUGGAAUUAAACAUGCUGACAGCAACUUUCAAGUGCCGUCAAAUAGGAAAAGCGAAUCGAUUUUAUUCCCACCCCUUAAAACACAACACGAUUCAAUGAUGUACGAACAACCAACCACUUCAACUAGAUCUUUGUCAAAAACGACAAGGAAAAGACGACCUCCCCAGACAUCCUCAUAUUUAACAGGUGGCAACAUCGGAAUUGAACACAAUGAACAGGCUGAUGAAAACUUUCAAUUUUCAAAUGGUAAAAGUGAACCACUGAUAUUGCAACAAGAUUCAACGAUAAAUGACCAACAUACCUCUUCCACUAGACCUGUGAUAAAAACAAAACUCAGUCCGUUGAUAGAAGGAUUAAAUGGUAAAAAAUACCCUGAACAAAGAAGAUUUCAUGGUGCGGGAACAGACAAAACGGGACGCCCAUCAGUUAUUCGCAAUUCUGGUCGCAACAGUAGGCGAAAAUCUGGACGAAAAUCUGGACGAAAAUCUCGACUAACUAGAGUUCUAAGUGAGAACUUGUCAGGAAAUCCUUCUGAUAAUAAUGACAGACAACCAUCAUAUAGAACGGUUGAUGCUAUUCAAAGUGGUGAUACUUUCGUAAAUCCUAGACGUUCAAAAAAGCGAUAUAGAUCAACGGAUCCUCCGUUAGACUUUGUUGAACAAAAUGAGAUUACAAAACAAAACAUGAAUGGACUUUUGGAGGCCAAAACAAUUUCUUCUGGGUCAAUCAAAACUGUUCAUAUGCGAGCUGAAGAGGUAAAUGCUGAUAAAAUAAAAAGUCAAACUAUAAAUGCUAAAACUUUGACGGUACAACCAAAGCGUCCUGUAAAUUUGGCACUAUAUGAAUCUAAAUCUGUUUCUGGGAAGCAAACCAAUACAUUUAUUAAGCCAAAAAGUCCUACUUAUGAAAUAGCUAAUCCAAUUUUAAAUGUUAGACCAGAAAAAAACAUAAUGCAAACACCAAAGUUUAUUCGAAACAGAUAUAAAAAACGCUUAGGUCGUCAAAGGUUAAAUAUUGAUAGACACCCGACGGCACCAGAAAGUUUAAUUAAUCUAGAGAUGCUAGGAAUAACCCGUACCGGGCAAUUCGCACCAGAACGUAAGAUGGUCAUAGAACCGGCAGUUACAAAAGAAAAGAUCAGGAACUGGGAUAAGAAGAAGAAUAUUAAUAGUAAUUCUGCAAACUUACGACGAAGUAGUCCUACAGAAUACGUAGGCGACAAUUAUAAAUCUUUUCGCAAAUAUUCCAAUGUAUUUAAUGAUUCAUUUAUGUUUUAAAAAGAAUUGCAUUUAAAAGUUGUUUUUGGUUUAUCUAGACCAAAUUUAAAUUUAUAAACCAUAUCAUGACAAAUUCUUAAACAAAUUGAAAAGUGUUGUUCCAUGCACAUUUCCUUAUGUAUGUGACCGCAAUUUUUUUCAAUAAUAUAUAGUAUGGAUAUGCGUCGUUGUCAUUAUCUAUUUUUAGACACGAUGUGUAUGUAUUGAUUUCCGUUAAAGAUGGCUACCAUCUGACAUAUUUGAUUUAAUAUAUAUGGCUUGGGGAUAACAACCUCGAUUUUCAAAUUAUCAUUUUAGUCUGAUUUUUCUGUAUAAAAAUUUUGUCUGCAUAUUUCAAUUUUGUGGUAGCCCUCUCGAAAACCGAGCUAUAGUUAAAACAUCAAAGAGACCAACACUCAUACUUUUAUACGACGCAUAAAAUUUUAAAUUUUCAUAAAAUUUGAAAGAAAUGUUUUUGUCAAUGACUUUCAGUUUUCGGGAACACCCUUUCGUCUAUCAUUUGCUGUUUCAAAGCCUUAACUCGGCAUUACUGGAGACAUUUAUAGUCGAAACGCGCAUCUGGUGCAGUAAAAUUGGUACCGUUUAUAUUAUCUAACCAUUUUCGAUAAAAAAUGAUAAAAUAAGAAUUUCAAAUUUCAUUAAACUACAUAAAAUAAUUUCCAUUUUAUAGUAUAAUGAUAGUGAUUAAAUUUUCUUUUAUGUUUUCAAUCCAAUCUAAUUUUUUCUUUGAUUUUGGAUGGCUCAACGAUUUAGAACAAUUUUUAAAAUGCCAGAAAAUCACACUUUAACAUGAAACAUUCAAUUUUUAGAUUUCCUUCAGUGAUGAUUUUAUUUAAUCAUUCCAUUAUCAUUUUCAAGAAAUUGCUGUAAUAUGCUUAACGUACUUUGUUAAGCUCUUAUAGUUUGAGUUUUGUUGGAACUAAUUAUGGUUUUGUGUGCUAAAACCGAACAAUGUUUUUCACGGUUUUAUAUGUUACACCUUGGUAGAUUAUACCUGCGUCCUACAUGUUAUUGUGCCAAGCACAAUACUGUGUCCAAAGUAGUUUUUAGUAUAUACUUAUUGCAAUUUUGUUGUCCAUGAUAGGUUAUUGUAUCUUAAUGAGAUCAGUGUAGCCCUCUAUCAUGAUAACUUGAUAACAUGAUAAAAUUAGGUCAGAAAAUAUGUCUAGGAAAAAUAUAUUUAAAAAAUAUUUUGAUAUUAGAUUUCUUAAGUUCAAAGUGAAUGUUACUAUUUUUCACUUUUUCUUCAAUUUUUGUUGUAGGUGAUCCUAUGUGUGUUGUUACUGUUUUACAAACUAUAUUUCAGAACAUUAUUGAACAUAAUGUAUACGUUCAUUAAAAAAUAUAACAUUUUAUUUGUUCUGAAAUAUAAGUACAAUGAUACGGUGACACAUGUAUGAUAAUUGUAUCAAUAAAUUGAAAUUAAUGUACACCUUUUAUUGAAAACAAUAUAUUUUCGUCAGACCACUUGGUUGUUACAUUUAAAGGUUGCUUAUUUAAAUAGUAAAUGUAAUUGUAAUAACCAAUAUGUUAUUGUUUAAUUUAUUUUUAUCUGUUCGGAAAUUAAAUAAGUAUAUGUUUCAUAUUACUACCGUUACUUUGAUUUUUUAAGAAGAAACCACCCCAUCUUUUUUACCUUAAGACAUGUUUUUGUAUCUGCAUUUACGUACAGCAUUAAAGAUUUUUUAUCACGACAAAGAAAUAAUAUUUACUUGAUUGAGAUAUUGUUAAAUUGUAUCUAGAGUGCUGAUAAGAUCAAAUUUAAAUUAGUUACUUAAUUAAUUUUUGUUGUUUUUGACUUGAAUAAAAGGUUUAUAUACCAUUAAACAAGUUUUGUAUAUGAAUUUAUUGAAUUUAUGAAAAUGAUGAUUUUUUUGUAUGACGAAAUAGAAAUAUUAUAAUUUUGAGACAAUAUUGCAUGAAACUAGGAUGCUGAAAAAUUCAAUUUAUAUUUGUUUCUAUUUUACUAUAUUUAUUUUGAUUGUUAACAUUUGGAAUAAAAGGUCUUUCUCUAAACUAAACGAGUUUUCAUAUCUGUAAUAACGAAAUGUGUGAGCAUAAAGAUUUUUCUGCGAUGGGGGAUCAUACCAUUAAAGUAUAAAUAAAUGUUAAGAUACUGAAAAUCACAUCUAAGCUGCAUGGACAUAGAAUUUGAAUUUCUUCCCAUUUACUACUGUUAUUGAUAUUUAGGACUUGGUGGAUAACAAUUUUUUUUGUGUCUGAAUCUUACAUUAUGAUCAUUGACUUUUAACUACAUGGAAAUAUCAGGCACGGAUCCAGAAUUUAGUGGAAGGGUAGGGCGACCCAGUGCUGUAAAAAUGAAAAUAAAACUUUAUACAUUCCACGCGUCCGAAGUGUUUUUCUGUAUUACAGUAUAGGAAUAUUGAUUUAAUAAAACAAGAAGUAUCUAA